CCUCUUCAGCCUUGCCUGCCUGCCUGCCUGUCAGAAAGGUGCUGCUACGCUGUUGGAGGCCAGGCUAUCCUCCUCCCCAGACCCCGCACGAGAACCAGCCGCCGUCGCACCCCGAGGCUCCCCCUCCUCUCGGCUCCAGCCAUGGCGAACACCGCUACUUCCACCAGGUUUACCGACGAGUACCAGCUGUACGAGGAGCUCGGGAAGGGAGCAUUUUCAGUGGUGCGUAGGUGUGUGAAGAAGUCAUCAGGACAGGAAUAUGCUGCAAAAAUUAUCAACACUAAGAAGCUCUCUGCAAGAGACCAUCAGAAGCUUGAGAGAGAGGCUCGCAUCUGCCGUCUUCUAAAGCACCCAAAUAUUGUGAGACUCCAUGACAGCAUUUCAGAGGAAGGCUUUCAUUACCUUGUCUUUGACCUGGUGACAGGAGGGGAGUUAUUUGAAGACAUUGUAGCCAGGGAGUACUAUAGCGAGGCUGAUGCCAGUCAUUGCAUUAGUCAGAUCUUGGAGAGUGUCAAUCAUAUCCACCAGCAUGAUAUUGUGCACAGAGACCUCAAGCCUGAAAACCUGUUGUUGGCCAGUAAGAUGAAGGGGGCUGCAGUGAAGCUGGCAGACUUUGGUCUGGCUAUUGAGGUGCAAGGAGACCAGCAGGCUUGGUUUGGGUUUGCCGGCACUCCUGGGUAUCUCUCUCCUGAAGUCCUGAGGAAGGACCCCUAUGGGAAACCAGUAGACAUUUGGGCUUGUGGUGUUAUUCUCUACAUCUUAUUAGUAGGCUAUCCUCCGUUCUGGGAUGAAGAUCAACACAAACUGUAUCAGCAGAUCAAAGCUGGUGCAUAUGAUUUCCCCUCCCCAGAAUGGGACACAGUGACUCCUGAGGCCAAGAACCUGAUCAACCAGAUGUUGACCAUCAACCCAGCCAAGAGAAUCACUGCCGAACAAGCACUAAAACAUCCAUGGGUCUGCCACCGUUCUACAGUGGCAUCCAUGAUGCACAGACAGGAAACUGUUGAGUGUCUUCGCAAAUUCAAUGCUCGCCGAAAACUGAAGGGAGCUAUUCUCACCACCAUGCUGGUGUCCAGAAACUUCUCAGUGGGCCGGCAGCAUACCAACUCUGCUGCUGCCGCCUCCUCAACUGCCACACUGGCUCAGGAAGCAUGCAAAAGUUUACUCAACAAGAAAUCUGAUUCGGCAAAGCCUUCUACCAACAACAGUAAGAACAGUAUAGUGAGCGCCAUCAAUGCCCUGAAAGACACCAACAUGGCAACCAACGCCCAGAUGGAAUCUCAGAGCACAGUGGUGCACAACCCUCCUGAUGGUGUCAAGGGAUCAACAGAGAGCAAUGCCACGAAUGAUGAAGAGGAAAUGAAAGGUAGGAAAGCGGACAGUUCGGCGCUCAGUCAGAGCAGCGCCAAUGAGGAGAUGCCUCCACUUCUGCUCUCACCUCAGAGCUCACCUGCCAUUGUUCCUCCGCAUGAUGCAAAGCGCAUGGCAUGGAACAGCACGGGCAACAGCUCCUGUCCUGACUCUGAGCACUCACAGUCCAACAUGCCUGCCGCUUCACUAGGGAGCAGCACUACCCCCACUAAAAGCAACACGCAGCAGACUCGUAAACAGGAAAUAAUUAAAGUAACGGAGCAGCUGAUUGAAGCGAUCAACAACGGCGAUUUUGAGGCCUACACGAGGAUUUGCGAUCCAGGACUUACCUCCUUUGAACCCGAGGCUCUGGGGAACCUGGUGGAGGGGAUGGAUUUUCAUAAGUUCUACUUUGAAAACUUGUUGAGCAAAAACAACAAGCCGGUGCACACCACUCUACUCAACCCGCACGUGCACCUGAUCGGUGAGGACGCGGCGUGCAUCGCCUACAUCCGACUCACGCAGUUUGUCGACUCCACGGGUCGCCCUCGAUCCAGCCAAUCGGAAGAGACCAGGGUGUGGCAUCGUCGUGAAGGCAGGUGGCUCAACGUUCACUUCCACUGCUCAGGAGCGCCUGCUGCACCUCUACAGUGAUACAGUGGUCCCGAGACUCCAGCCUACUGGAGUGCAUUUUUGGGGGGCAGUUUUUUCAGUGAGCGUGUUUCAGAAGCACCUCCUCUGCGUGGAUUGGCUAGUGCCAGGAGCCCGGCCGGGCGAGAUCGCAUCCCUCUCCACGUUAACAACCAAUCCUGUCCCUGCCUUUGACCUGCUGGGGGCUGGCUGAACACAAACUCCGCCCCCAUGGGAUGAUGCAUGCAUCUGGCGCCCGAUCGGAGUGCGCGUCUUUGCCCUCUAGCCCUCCCCUGGCAGCCAUCUUUUUUCUGCCCUUGCGAGAUGAGACGGGGAGGAGAGGAUUUACAGUUGAACUUGUGACAGUUUGAGUAUGAGUUAUGAAUAUACUGUGUAAAUUAUGACUUGAUGUACCAGAAACCACCAAAAUCCAACCAAGCAUUUAUAUUCACAAUCUGAUAAGGGAGGAAAAGAGAGUGAAGUGAGCAGCUGAGAUUUUUGGGCAUGUUUAGGAAUUCAAGGGAUUACCAGAAGCAAAUUGUCAUACUUGUGGACAAUUUGGAACUUGUAAAGCUGUAGGGAAUCUUUUUUCCCCCCCAAUAUAAAUCUGGCGGGGAGCAAAAAAAAAUCAAGUUGAUUCACAAGAGAACUGACGUGAGCAACUUGAUCAUAAAACAUGAAGCACCAAAGUGUAGAACUUUAGGCUUUUAAUGUGUUUACGUGUUAACGUUUUUUGUUUGUGCGCUUGUUUUCCGAGAGAACGGAACAUUGUCGUCAUUUUUGGGAGGGGUGGGAGUGCGAUUCGUAUUUUAGCGCCUGUUCUUUUUGCGUUCGGAGCCUUUUUGUCUGACUGAUCGUGUGCGCCAAGGCUCCGUUUUAAGCGAUUUUUAAAUGGGAUUUUAUUGUGCAAGUUCAAACCUACCGCACGUGUGACACGUCCGUUGAUUGUGUGCACCAGAGGGAGAGAGUGGGCCCAGAAAGACAUCUGCAUGAUUGCCCACCUCUGACCCCUCGUUUGACCUUUACCCAUUUUUUUUUUUAAGUAUCACAUCUGCCCUUUUUUCCUCCACUUCCUUGAGGAACAUGGAUUGUAUACAAUUGGUGCGUGUGUAUAGAUGUAUGUAGAAAAGUGUAAUAUAUGUACAUCUGCAUAUGUUAUAUGAUCUUGUGACCCCGAUGAGGCUAUCGGUCACUGGUGUUCACAGAGCGACAAUUUGCAGCAGCACAAACGUGACUGCACACUGGUGUCGGCUGCCAACUUCAGCCCCACGGCCACGAGACUGUUUUUGGUGUUUUGUUUUUCAGAAUAAAUUGAAUCCCACCACCAUCAUCACCUACCCAACUUUGAGAACACGUCAUCGUAUUUUUACUAGUGAAACCACAGCGCUGUGAGUCGUCUGUUCAUAUCACACACAGACACACCUGCCGGUGUGUCCGGGCUUUGUAACAUAUCAGCACCACCACUGUACGAGCGCGGCGGCGCCUUUGCCGUGCUGCUUACUCGUCUCCACUCCCUGCCCGCACAGUUGUAGUUGAAGUAUCUCCCUCCUCCCCCGUGUCCAAUUGUUCUCCAUGUCGCUGGUCUGUUUAUUUUUGGUCUGUGUAUUUUUGUCGUCGCUGUUGCCGCUGUCCGUCGUUACCCGUUCGGUAAUUUGCUGGUUUGCCAUGUUGGAGUUCUGCGCUCCCCCACACAAGAAAAGGGGAGAAAAAAAUAGACAACACAGUUAUGGUUGAAUGAUUUGAUCGGGACUAAAUUCUGAAUGAAUGUAAUCUAGCCCCGUUGGUUUUAAAUCGUGUAACUGCUCAGUGGAGCGAGUUGGUCCAACCUUGUUGAGUGGGAGAUCUAAUUAUAUGCAUGUUUCAGUUAAGCAUUUCUUCCAUGUACCAACCUGAAUAAGGAUGGCGAUAGUGUUAAUAUAUUGCAUCUUUAAAAUAAAAAUUUCCUCCAUCCAGAAUGUUGAAUAGGUGACAUGGAAUUUUUUUUUUCUUGGGUUUGUUAAUUUUAUUUUUUUGUUUUUUUUUAAAGGAUUCAGGAGCCGUAGCUUGGUAUGAGGCCCUUGCUGUUACCCGUUUUUGCUGCGUUGUAAUGAUAUACUAUUGGGCUGCGCUUUCACCCCCAGCCUUUACAUGGAUGCUGGAGUUUUUUUGCAUGAUCAUGAUGUACAAUAAAUACAGCCAUGAAUUGCCGACUAUCAAGUGUUUGUCUGAGUGUUAGUUGGUCUUCAUCAUAGCUUUGUUAUUCUUCAAACUUGGAUCUUGGAAAGUAUUUAAUAAAAAUACCAUUUCAGCACACA